GCGGAAGCGGCUCUCGCGGGUUCAUUUCUCCUUGUGGAGGGAUGGGUCAGUGAGAAACGUGAAGUGACAUUUCAAUUACAAAUAUUAAUAAUCUAAAUACUUUCAGUAAACAAGCACAGUCAAAUAACCCCAGUGCAGGGGGUGCGAGCGGAAUACAUAGAAAACAUGAAGCGAGAUGUCAGGAUACUUUUGCUGGGGGAACCCAAGGUUGGGAAGACGUCCCUGAUCAUGUCCCUUGUGGGGGAGGAGUUCCCCGAGGAGGUCCCUGCCCGUGCGGAAGAAAUCACCAUUCCAGCAGACGUGACGCCAGAGAAAGUCCCCACACACAUCGUCGAUUAUUCAGAGGCAGAGCAGUCGGAUGAGGUCCUGCACGAGGAGAUCGUCAAGGCCAAUGUGAUUUGUGUGGUGUACGAUGUAACCAAGGAGGGUACCAUUGAAAAGAUCAGAACGAAAUGGAUCCCUUUAGUAAAUGGAGGAGCUGAAAAGGGAAAGAAAGUUCCGGUCAUCCUGGUUGGCAAUAAGUCUGAUUUGCAGCCAGGAAGCUCCAUGGAGUCCAUCCUUCCCAUUAUGAACCAGUUCUCUGAGAUCGAGACCUGUGUGGAGUGCUCCGCGAAGAACCUGAAGAAUAUUUCUGAGCUUUUCUACUACGCCCAGAAAGCUGUGCUGCACCCCACUGCACCCCUGUAUGACCCUGAGGAGAAAGAGCUGAGGCCUCUGUGUGUUCGAGCCCUGAGCCGGAUCUUCACCAUCUCGGACCAGGACAGCGACGGGAUCCUCAGCGACGAAGAGCUCAACUUCUUCCAGAAAUCCUGCUUCGGCAGCCCACUGGCCCCUCAGGCUCUGGAGGAUGUGAAGAGCGUGGUGUGGAAGAACACGAGCGAGGGCGUGCAGGACAACGGCCUCACGCUGACCGGGUUCCUGUUCCUGAACACGCUGUUCAUCCAGAGGGGCCGGCACGAGACCACCUGGACUAUCCUGAGGAAGUUCGGCUGCGACGACUCGCUGGAGCUCACGGACGACUACCUGUACCCUCCACUGAGCGUCCCCUGCGGCUGCACCACGGAACUGAAUCACUUCGGCUACCAGUUCAUCCAGAAGCUGUUUGAGAAGUACGACAUGGAUAAGGACAUGGCGCUGUCUCCGUCAGAGCUGAAGAAUCUGUUCAGCGUGUUUCCUUACAUGCCCUGGGGCACAGACGUCUAUUCCACUGUUUGCAGGAACGAGAAGGGAUACAUCUCCCGGCACGGCUAUCUCUGCCAGUGGACGUUGACGGCGUACCUGGAUGUCCGUCGGUGUAUGGAGUACCUGGGAUAUUUUGGGUACCCGGUUCUCGCAGAGCAGGAGUCCCAGACUGAAGCAAUAACAGUCACUCGGGAUAAGAAGGUGGACCAGGAGAAAGGACAGACACAGAGGAACGUGUUUCUCUGCAAGGUCAUCGGACCCAGAGGCACAGGGAAAUCGGCGUUCCUGCAGGCCUUCCUGGGCAUGAACCUGACAAAACAGCAGAGCGCUGCAGGAUUGUCUUCCUACUACACUAUCAAUACCGUGCAAGUCAACAGCCAGGACAAGUAUUUAAUUCUGUAUGAAGUGGACGCCGACACAGAGUUUCUGAAAGCCUCGGACGCUGCCUGUGACGUGGCCUGCCUGAUGUACGAUGUCAGUGACCCCAAGUCCUUUAACUACUGUGCCAGCAUCUUCAAGCAACACUACAUGGACAGGGGGAUCCCUUGUCUGCUAGUGGCCUCCAAGUCUGAUUUGCCGGAGCAGAAGCAGCAGCACGAUCUUUCUCCCUCUGAGUUCUGUUACAAGCAUCGGCUCCCUCCUCCCGUCCCCUUCUCCUGCUCCGGACAGGACUCUCCCAGCACACUCCUCUACUCCAAGCUGGUUCUGGCUGCAAUGUUCCCGCACCGUAACGGCUCAGAACUCAGCACAACUUCCUUCUGGCUGCGGGUGACGUUGGCAGCCGCUGUGUCCACAGUCCUGGGCUUCACAUUCUACAGAGCCUUCGUCAGACAGAAAUAGAGACGGACAUGGUGCCUCCCUGACUGCAGAAAGACUGGCCAGUCCAACACGCCACAGCCAGACUUGUGGGUCGACAUAAACGCAGAAAACUAAACUCUAUAGACUAGAGAGCGGCUGGUCAUUUAUAUCACAAAAUACUGAUUUCUCCUAUCUUCAGAAGCAAGCCCAGAAGCCUCAGUCUUUUCAAGUAGACUAAUAAUGCUACUUUCUACGGAAUGGCCCCCAAUAAUUUCUCGGCUUUAUAGAGUGAUUUGACAAACACACACAUCUUGUGAUUUUUUUUUUUUUUUUUUUAGAAAUAAUCUAUUGAACAUUUCAAAUUGUAUAGCCAGCUGUGCCACAGGAACUCGAGUCUAGAGCAGUUUUGACCACAGGGAAAUUUAAUUUGAAGAGGAAAGAUAGAAAAAUCUUACAAUUCUGAAUAAAAAUGUUAAACCCAUUAAACACAUGGCCUGUGUAAAUUAAGUGAUUUCAUAAAGAACAGGCAAUCAAUCAUUAAGCAAUGGGAAAUACAUUGUUUGCACUCUCUGCGGAAGCAAGUGAUUCUUCUCACCCCUUUACCUUACCGUCAUGCAUGACUCGCUACCUACAAGACAGCUAGCCCCACACAGUAACAGUAACACAAAUCACACAUGCAUACAGUGCACAGUUCAUCUCUCACUUCACACAACGUGCUGGGAUGCAUACAGCAAUGGAAACGAGGAAUACUUGUCAAAGUCUUGUUUGAAUGCACAGUGGGGACUGUGAUCCUGUAAAGGAAUGGUCAGGACAGCACACUGACUGGGAUGUGAAAUACUGAUUCGUCUUCCGUGUUUAUCAUUUCAAUGUUAAAACAAGCCUCCAAUGCAAGUUCCAUUGUCUGUCUAAAACGUUGUUCAGCUAAUUCAGAAAGGGUUAUUGAUGGUCGUAGCAGUUUCCCCUGCUUUCAUUUCUCCUGCACUCUACCUGGCUCGUGCACAGAAAAUAAUGUACAGCUGUGUGAAACAUUGUUAAAACCUCUGCAAGAUACACUGUGCAUGACAUUGCACUGACCCCGGACACCAGACUUCUGGGGGAUCGAAGAUGCAGAAUCUUUUUUUUUCCCAAUUCAUUUUUUCUUAGUUCAGAAGCAUUUUGUUUUUAUUUCAGAUCAAUUUGAAUGAUGAUUUUUUUUUUUUUUAAUCCUAAAAGCUCAUCGAUAUUUUUGUUAGUUUUGUGAAACGAAUUGAAGAAUGAGUUUCCCAUUAAUAACAUUUUUUAUUAUUAUUAUUAUUUGUAAGUUUUUAACAUGCCCUGAAUGUAGUGCAAAAAUCAAACCUCACCGCCAAGGACAAAACCGAGCCUUGAAAUGAACCAGUAUUAACAGACUGCCCUGAUCUAAAAGGGUGUCGGGAAGGGUCUCAGUGCUAGGAGAAGUCAGAUAAAGAAAUUGGUCUUUUGCAGUAUUUCUGUGUGGAUGUUUCAGGCUUCAUCUUCAGACUGAUUGUUUUACAUGUAAUUAGGGAAGGGGGUUCCUUGAAGGCUGUUGUAUUUGGUUCAUUAUUAUUUUUGUUUUUUUUUUUUUUUUUUUUUACUUCUUUGCCCACUCAGUGUCCAGAGUCCCCUCCUUUUCUCUGGUUUGUCACUUCUGUUUUUGUUUUCUGCCCUGGUGUGAUGUAACUUUUAUUCCAGUCAGCUUCUGAAGUGUGACCUGCUUGCUCUGUUUCAUUUCUUCUUACUGUACACACUGAGGCAAAUCCAACUCCCAUGCACUCUCCUCAUUUCUGUUUGAUCUCGAAUCCUGGUAAAGGUGUCGUUUCUACUCUUCACUGUUGUGUUGCUGUUGGAUUGUUUUUUUGUGUGGUGGAGAUAAAGGGAUGCUUACUUAUUGUUUUCUGUAAUGAGAUCUAAAAGCCAUAAUGUUUUAACAGAAGAUUUUUUUUUUUUCUAAAUAAACAAACAUGUUUACAGAAACUGUUUAUGA